AUGGAAAACAGGCCAGCCCUCGCCGCCCGAAUUGCCGCAAUGAGGCAGCGCAUCGAGAGCCUCAUCCGGCUUGGGGCAGCAGGCCCACGGCCCACGGCGGCGCGAGGACGUACCCUUGAAACUGCGCGCAGACGACAUCCCGUGCGGCACGAAACACAAAACGCCAAGUCACAGGACUCCCCCCCCGGUCCAGAGACGUCAGUUCCUCCCGUGUCAACGCUAGGGCAGGGAGGUGAUGCUGAACUUCCACCGCAGGUCUUCAUGGGCCUCCUUUUGGGAUCAGAGAGGUAA